AUGGAACUUUAUUUCUCUCUAUAGCUCGUCACACAUCCAAUGGAGAAAGAAAACCAAACCAGCAUCUCUGAGUUUCUCCUCCUGGGCUUCUCAAGUUGGCCAGGGCAUCAAGGGCUUCUCUUUGCACUCUUCCUGUGUCUGUAUUUAACAGGGCUAUUUGGAAACCUCCUCAUCUUGUUAGCCAUUGGCUCAAACAAUCACCUUCACACACCUAUGUAUUUUUUCCUUGCCAAUUUGUCCUUGGUAGACCUCUGCCUUCCUUCUGCUACAGUCCCCAAGAUGCUAUUGAACAUCCAAACCAAGUCUCAAUCCAUCUCCUACCCUGAAUGUCUGGCUCAGAUGUAUUUCUGUAUGAUGUUUGCUAACAUGGACAAUUUCCUUCUGACUGUGAUGGCAUAUGACCGAUAUGUGGCCAUCUGCCGUCCUUUGCACUAUACUACCAUUAUGACCCCAUGCCUCUGCACAUCUCUGGUGGCUUUGUCUUGGGUCAUUGCUACCUUUAAUCCUCUCUUGCAUACCCUCAUGAUGACCAGACUUCAUUUCUGCUCUGAAAACAUCAUCCAUCAUUUCUUCUGUGACAUCAACUCUCUCCUCCCUCUCUCUUGUUCUGAUACCAGUCCCAAUAAGUUGAUGGUUCUGUCUGUGGUAGGACUAAUCUUUGUGGUACCAUCAGUGUGUAUCUUAGCAUCUUAUGGUCACAUUGUCUCUGCUGUGAUGAAAAUCACUUCUAUGGAAGGGAAGCUCAAAGCAUUCUCAACCUGUGGAUCCCACCUCGAUUUGGUUAUUCUUUUCUAUGGUGUGAUUGCAGGAAUCUAUAUGAGUCCUUCAUCCAACCAUUCCACUGAAAAAGAUUCAGCUGCAUCAGUAAUUUUUAUGGUUGUAGCCCCUGUUUUGAAUCCCUUCAUUUAUAGCUUAAGAAACAAUGAGUUGAAAAGGACUUUAAAAAAGACUAUUGGCCAGAGCAAAGUAUGUUCCAAAUGA